UCCGAGGCUCGCGGAGGGAGGACGGACAGACUCAGAGCGGCUCCACACAUCGCAAGCGGAGGAGGAGAGAGCAAGAAGGAUGCUCCAGUCGCGGUGACAUCUCCCCAACUCUCUCACUGAGACCAUCAGAAAGUCCCCCCUUGUCUUCCUUAUCAAUCAUUCUGUGGAUAAACACUAGACAAAUCUGAGGUGGGGGGGGAUUGCUCCGAACUGGACUGGAACAGCAAGCUGCGGAUGGUUUAUUUCUUGGCUGUGAAGGAUUUUUUUUUUUCUCCUUGCUUGGGACACGCGCGGACUCAAGGAGGCUUUUAAUUCAAGCAAGGAGAUGGAGUCAGCAGGUGGAGGUCACGACCCCUGCUGGAGGACACACUUGUAACCUGACAGGAAAUUGAUUUGGAGGCUGAUUGCCGAGUAGCGAGGACUUUCAUUGGAUGCGACGCCAGUAAUGAGCUAAAGGCUUGAAGGAUAUUGGAGGAGAAGUCGAAGAAGAUUGACACACGUGAAAUCACACUCCGAGCAUUCCCCUUGCCAAACAGGAAGUCACCUCAGUGGGGGCUGAGCUCCACUGAGAGAAACCAAAGAGAGAGAGAGAAAGAAAGAGAGAGCGAGAGGAGGUCGGAUUUGACGAUGAUGAUGAUGAUGCUGAGGGUGUUGCUGGUUUUAGCGGGACUCUGCGCCCUUUGUAGUCUGGCAACGGCGAGCCGGAGAGGACACGACUCCCUGGGUCACCGCUCCCACAGACACAGACAUGCAGGUCACACGUCAAUGCACAGACACCGGCCCCGGGUGGGCAAGGAGGGUCAGGUGUUGCACAGGUCCAAAAGAGGUUGGGUCUGGAAUCAGUUCUUUGUCAUUGAGGAGUACACCGGACCAGAUCCAGUUCUGGUAGGAAGGCUCCACUCCGACGUGGACUCGGGCAACGGCAACAUCAAGUACAUCCUGUCGGGCGAGGGCGCGGGAACCAUCUUCGUCAUCGACGACAAGACGGGCAACAUCCACGCCACCAAGACGCUGGACCGCGAGGAGCAGGCUCAGUACACGCUGACGGCGCAGGCGGUUGACCGAGACACCAACAAACCUCUGGAGCCGCCCUCCGAGUUCAUCGUCAAGGUGCAGGACAUCAACGACAAUCCGCCGGAGUUCCUGCACGGGCCCUACUACGCCAGGGUGCCCGAGAUGUCCAACGUUGGCACGUCGGUGAUGCAGGUAACGGCGACCGAUGCAGAUGAUCCCACGUAUGGAAACAGCGCCCGAUUGGUGUACAGCAUCCUACAGGGACAACCGUACUUCUCCGUGGAGCCUCAGACAGGAAUCAUCCGCACGGCGCUGCCCAACAUGGACCGCGAGGCCCGGCAGGAGUACGACGUGGUGAUCCAGGCCAAGGACAUGGGCGGUCACAUGGGCGGCCUGUCGGGGACCACAGAGGUCAAAAUCACACUCACCGACGUCAACGACAAUCCACCCAAGUUCCCGCAGAGCGUGUAUUCCAUGUCCGUGUCGGAGGACAAAGUAGAGGGUGAGGAGGUGGGCCGUCUCAAGGCCAAGGACCCCGACAUGGGUGACAACGGGCUGGUCAACUACCGGCUGACAGAUGGAGACGGGCUGGGGAUGUUUGUGCUCAGCACCGACUCUGAGACCAGGGAGGCCAUCAUCAAGCUAAAAAAGCGUGUGGAUUUUGAGACCAAGAGGUCGUACACGCUUAAGGUGGAGGGCUACAACGUGCACGUCGACCCGCAGUACCUGGCCUGGGGGCCGUACAAGGACGAGGCCACGAUAAAGAUUUCAGUGGAGGAUGCAGACGAGCCACCCGUAUUUGUGGCACCCUCGUAUACGUUUGAAGUGGAGGAAAACGCCCCCGCCGGUACUCAGGUGGGACGAGUCCACGCCAAGGACACGGACAUCGACAACAACCCAGUCAGGUACAUGAUUCCACGGUACACGGACGUGGAGCAGUUCUUCAGCGUCAACUCGGAGGAUGGCAUGAUCACCACCACCAGACCGCUGGAUCGAGAGACUCAGGCUUGGCACAAUAUUUCUGUGUCGGCCACUGAGAUAGGAGGCCACCACCAGGACACCAAAGUGCGCGUGAACAUCAAAGUGAAAGACAGGAACGACAACGCUCCAGAGUUUGCCACCAACAAUGAAGUCCUCAUGUGUGAAAAUGUUGCACCGGGAAAGAUGAUAGAAACGGUCAGCGCAGUGGACAAAGAUGAGAUGGCCCAUCGUCAACACUUCACCUUCAGCCUGGCACCAGAGGUGGCCCACAACCACAACUUCUCCCUUAAAGACAACAGAGACAGCACGGCCAGCAUUUACGUGCUGCGUCAGGGUUUCAGCCGCCUGACGCAGGAUGUCUACUUCCUGCCGGUGGAGAUCAACGACAACGGCGUUCCGGCCAUGAGCAGCACCAGCACGCUGACCGUACGCGUUUGCUCCUGCGACAGCAAGGACACCAUCUUGUCCUGCAACGUGGAGCCCUACGUGCUGCCCGCCGGCCUCAGCACGGGCGCGCUCAUUGCCAUCCUGGCCUGCAUCGUCAUCCUGCUGGUCAUCGUGGUGCUAUUUGUGGCACUGCGGCGUCAAAAGAAAGAGCCUCUGAUCGUCUUUGAGGAGGAGGACAUCCGAGAGAACAUCAUCACCUACGACGACGAGGGCGGUGGCGAGGAGGACACGGAGGCCUUCGAUAUCGCCACGCUUCAGAAUCCAGACGGCGCCAACGGCUUCCACCCGAGGAAGGACAUGAAACCGGAGCUCCAGUUUCCCCUGCGUCCCGGCGGCCACCCGGCAGCCAACAGCGUGGACGUGGACGACUUCAUCAAGACGCGCGUGGCCGAGGCUGACAGUGACCCCACCGCGCCGCCCUACGACUCCAUCCAGAUCUACGGCUACGAGGGCCGCGGCUCACUGGCCGGUUCGCUCAGCUCUCUAGAAUCGGUGACCACCGAGUCCGACCUGGAUUAUGACUAUCUGCACAGCUGGGGUCCGCGCUUCAAGAAGCUGGCCGAUUUGUACGGCACCAAAGACUGCUCCGUUCACGACGGCGAUGACGACGAUGACUGUUAACGUUGGGACCCCCCCUCUCCUUCCCCCAAAAUAAUAACACAUUUCCGAUGAUUCCACAAAGAUUUUGUCUCCAACGCCUUCCCAACUUUCUCCCAUUUCCUCCCAAGUAACAGAUGCCGAGAGCUCCUGACUUCACUUCUCACGGACCGGAGCAGAAUCGGGCGGGAAAAAUGUAUCGCGUCACCCGUGUGUUUGGACUUUAAUUAGUGCAAAAAAAAAAAAAAGGAAAAAAAAAAGAAAAAAAACUGUCUAGCUGAAAUUAGAGGUCGUGUACACUUUUGUGGACUGGAUUCACAAACAUCUUUGAGGUUUUACUCUACUGACGGGGUCCUAAAGACCACUGUCCCAGCUGGACCGCCGGUCCCGCCGUUUGUUGUUGCUGUGCGAUACUGCUAAGGACUCUGGGUUGUUGAUACUGUCUUGGCAGUACGGUGGCCUUAAAAUAAAUCAACAACAACUCCGGAGGCCAACACACACAAUACGAGUCCGACGACGUAAGACGCUUUCAGUAGCUACAAAAACCAGGACUGAGGCUCUGAGGUGAAAAAACAAACAAACAAAAAACAAGAUGGACCAGAUUGGACGUCAAAACUGUGGAUGCCGAUUAUUUUUUUUUUUGAUCCUUCGCUCCUGUUUCCUAUCACUCACUUCCGCCUAGGGUUGCAAAGAGAUGACAUAUUUCCAGUGAAUUUUGGGUAAAUUUCCAUGGGAAGAUAACUGAGGAAUUUUGAAAAAUAUUCCCAAAAAUAUAUAUUUUUUGCUUUUUCCAUUAAUUAGGAAUCAAGCAUGAGCUUUGUGUGAAAAGAAACAGCUGCUUGGGCCCUAAUACAUCUAUUUUUUUGCAUUUAUGUAAAACAAAAACAUGAAUGAGAGGGCAUUGGGUGUCAAAAUAAUGUUUUAAAUGAUACACAGAUAUACAACUAAAAAUGGCAUUGGCUUUUGACACGGUGUUCCUCAUUCACUCCAGGAACCGCAUCAUCAUUUCUCACUUUCGACAACCUAUCGUGACACUUUUGUUGUUUGUACCAUACAUAUACAUACUCUGUUAAAGUGUAAGGUACUUAAAUUUGGCCCAUUUCCAUCGUGUUGGCACUUCUCUCUCUCAUUGACAAGCCAAGAUUCACUUCCUUAUCGUUUCUUCUACUCAAAAGUGAUUCUGAGCACGAAUCCAAAGUGAUGUAACAGUGUCAUCGACUGGCAGCUGUUUCUCAAUAACCUUAUCCUUGCCUACCAGUUCAAAAAUAUCCUUGAUAAAUAGUUUACCAGUAGCGGUAAACAGUUGGAUUCCGGUUGACGAAUAUAAACAUGGCAGAGAAUGAGGUAAGAGUUAACCUUUUCAUUUAGUCAAUUCCUGGUUUUGAGUCAUUUCUUGACAAAAUUCCCGUUCAUCUCCAUGGAAAGUUUCCAACUGUGAAAAUGCCCACAAUUUUGCAACCCUACUUCUGCCACUGAUGAUGAUGAUGAUCAAUCAUAAAUGAGUAAAAACCUGUGAGAUCUUCAAUAUCGCCUUAACAGACACUCGCAGUGCAUUCUAUCGAUCCGUUGUUGUGCUUUUGUUCAUUUUUCAAGUCAACAGCGCAAGCUAGCUAGCCUCCAUGUUUGCAGAGAAUGUGCAAAACGAGUGGUGGGUUACACUCGUUAAAAACAGAACAGGAUGUGACGUGUUUUCGGAAAGGCUGGGCGACAUCUGUUGCAUCAACAUGUGUUGCAAUCAUUUCCGAAAAACAUUUGCCCACCCUCUACCACCACCCCGCCAUUCCCAGAAGCCAGGACGUCAUUUUUUUAAGUGGUUAAACCUCAUUUUUUUUAUUAUAUUAUUAUUAUUAUUAUUAUUAUCAGUUUUUUUAUCAGUAUUAUCAUUAUUAUUAUUAUUAUUUUGACUGUUGUAUGAUUUGGCAACGCAUUUUUAGCUCUUUAUCUGAUUUUCCGCCAAAGGGUUAAGCCUUGGUUUGUUUAGCUUUUUUUUUGCCUUUUUGUUUUUUGGGCUUUGUUUUCCGUCAUUUGGCGUUUCAUCGUGGUUCCUCCGCACUCGAGAGGAAUACGGCGAAGCGACCUGUUAGUCGCUCCAGAGAAAACGCCUGGUUUUUAUUCUUCUGUCAAGUUUUAUGGUACCAAUUUGUACAAUUUUAAAAGUUCUUAUUUUUUAGUAUACAUGCAGAAUAUUCCAGUAUUACAACAAAAAAAAACAUGUUACAAUUAAAAAAAAAAGAAAAAAAAACAAAAUGAGUCAGCAUCACACUUAUAUUUUCUGAACAUUGUACUGUUGAUUUACUAUGUGCUUCAAUCUACGAAGCGAAAAAAAAAACAAACUUUGAAAUAAAUGCUCUUUUUACGAAAUG